CGGGAACGUGAAGCUGAUCGUACUCUGAAGCUUGUUGAAUGUUCUCUCCCUUUUCUGGUCGAUAUUUUGUAUCCUUAUAACUAAUUCUGGACUACAUUCGGUUCACUAACAUCUCAUUCCAGAUUAUCCAACCUUCGUAAAGACAUUAUGGUGGUAGCUGAAAGGAAGGCGAAUCUUCCAUGGGUAGAAAAGUAUAGACCCAAAUGCCUAGAUGAUUUAAUCUCACACAAGGAUAUAAUAAAUACGAUCCAGAGGUUUAUAUCUGAGGAUCGUCUGCCUCAUCUGUUGUUCUAUGGCCCCCCUGGAACUGGCAAAACAUCUACUAUACUUGCAGUUGCUAAGCAACUGUAUCCUGAUAAAGAGUUUAGCUCAAUGGUUCUUGAGUUGAAUGCAUCUGAUGAUAGAGGAAUUGGUAUUGUCAGAGGUUCUAUACUCAGUUUUGCAAGUACCAGGACAAUAUUCAAGUCUGGAUUUAAGUUGGUGAUACUUGAUGAAGCUGAUGCAAUGACAGAUGAUGCACAGAAUGCUCUAAGGAGAGUGAUGGAGAAGUUCACAGAAAAUACCAGAUUCUGUUUGAUAUGCAAUUAUUUGACCAAGAUUAUCCCAGCCCUGCAGUCCCGCUGCACACGGUUCAGGUUUGGUCCUCUGUCCUCAGACCAAAUGAUGACAAGAGUGGAACAUGUUAUUGAGAGUGAACGUGUAAAUAUCACAGAUGAUGGAAGACAGAGUUUAGUUAGACUAGCUAAAGGUGACAUGAGAAGGGCACUCAAUAUACUACAGAGUACAUCACUGGCUUUUGAUGUUGUAAAUGAGGUCAAUGUUUAUCUCUGCACUGGUCAGCCCUUGCGCUCAGAUAUCUCCAAGAUCGUUGAGUGGAUGCUGAAUGAGGAUUUUGCCACUGCUUAUAACAAUAUAAUGAAGUUAAAAACCCUGAAAGGCCUUGCAUUACAAGACAUCCUUACAGAAGUACAUACCUAUGUUCAUAGAGUGGAUUUUCCUGCCAAAGUACGGAUAUACUUGCUGGAGAAAAUGGCCGAUGUCGA